UUGUAGUCUGAAGAAGAGAGACUCCGGACUCUCGCAGUACCGACCAUCUCCGCGACAUCCAUCUCGAUGCCCUGCCCGUUUCUGCAGGGACAUAUGAACGACAUAACCAAGUAGCAGAUGAACGGCGAAAACGAUGCGCUGGAAGCACGCUGUGUGCGGGCAGCAGGGAGAAGCAGCGGCAUCGUCCUCAGCAUCAGCAGCAGCAGGGCGCUCGGUUAGCGCCCACCCCCACUCGCUUCGUCUUUUCCUCCCCCCCUGCAGAAGCAUGCUUGCGUGAGGGAUGAGGCUGGAGACAGGGACAUCAGGCCAGAGCUGCGGCCUUCUUCUUAUCGCAAGAGCCGGGCUCGUCAUCAUCGCAGCAGCAGCAGCAUCCGCCAACGCUUUGCCAUCAUCACACCAGCAUCUUUGGUCAGUGAGCAGAUCCAGGAGCAUGAGCAGGAAGCUGUGUGGCGCGAGCAGAUGUCAGGGUACAAGCGCAUGCGGCGGCAGCACCAGAAGCAGCUGAUCGCCCUGGAGAACAGGCUAAAGGCCGAGAUGGAUGAGCACAAGCUCCGGCUGCAGAAGGAAGUAGAGACCCAGGCUAAUAACACCUAUAUUGAACUAGAGCGGCUGGCCAAGAAGCAAGCUGUACAAAUGGACAAGGAGAUAAAAAACACAGCAGCAGAGGAGAAGAGAAUCCAGCAACAGAUCUUGGUCCAGCAGAAGAAGGAACUGACCACCUUCUUGGACACACAGAAAAAGGAGUACAGACUAUGCAGAGAAAGGAUGAAAGAGGAAAUGAAUGACGACUUUGAUACGCCAAAAGAGGAGAAACAGGAGCGCUUGUCACGACAUAAGGAAACAAUGCAGCACUCCCAGGCAGAGGAGGAGGCCCAGCUGCUGAACCAGCAAAGACUGGUUUACGAAAGAAGCUGUCGUGCUUUAAAAAGACGAAGCCUGAUUAAGAAGCAUGAAUUUGAGCAAGAGCAAAUGCGGGAGGAGCUUAACAAGAAAAAGACACAAAAAGAAAUGGAGCAUGCCUUGAUGAUCAGGCAGGACGAAUCCACCCAGGAGCUGGAAAGUCGGCAGUUACAAACCUUACAAAGGCUACGCUUUGAGCUUAUGCGCCAACAACAUCAAACAGAGCUGGAAAACCAGGAGGAGUACAACAACCGACGCCAGAGGGAGCUACACAGGAAACAUGCUCUGGAACGCCGACAGCAGCCCAGGAACCUUAAGACAUUGGAGAUGCAGAUCAAAAAGCAAUUCCAAGAUACCUGUAAGGUGCAAAACAAGCAGUACAAAGCUCUGAGGAACCAUCAGCUGGAGGUCUCUCCAAAAAGUGACCACAAAGCCCUUUUGAAGUCUCUGAAGGAGGAGCAGACCCGCAAGCUCGCACAGCUGGCAGAACAAUAUGAGCAAAGCAUUAAUGAGAUGAUGGCCUCCCAGUUGUUACAUUUAGACCAAGAGCAAGAGGCCGAAUGCCAGGCUUUAAGGCAUCAGCUACAUCAGGAGAUGGAGCUCCUGGAUGCCUACCAGAACAAAACUAAGGCGCAGAUGGAGGAACAACAUGAGCGUGAGAUGCAGAAGUUGGAACAGAAAGCAUCCUUGCGUCGGGCUCACUUGGAACAGAAGAUUGAAGAAGAGCUGGCCUCGCUUCAUAAGGAACGGACUGAGAAAAUUAAGCAUUUAUUUGAGCGUCAAGAGCGAGAACUAGACAUGUUUGAUUUGGAAAGCUCUCGGCUUGGAUUCGGAAGCUUGGCCUCGUUUGACUUUCCCAAGGAGGAGGGCAGAUGAUCCCACAGAGGUUAAAGGGACUCUUCAACACAGACGUCUCUGGACAUGUUGUGCCUGCACUGUCCCCGAUUGUUGGAUUUACCGAGACCACCCAAACAGUGACCAUGCUGUAUCAAUAUCUUUUAACUCAUAUCGGCUGUGAGAACUUCACUGAGAGAAGAAACUAAACAGCCACAGACACGGAGUGGUUUAGCGGUGCAUCACUAAGCUCAUGAACCAAGAAGGACAAACUGACCUUUUCUCCAUGCCAUUGUCCCACUUUUGGUAUUCAAUUAGUAAUUCAGGAUAUUUUAGUACAAGUAAGCACUUUGAUAUGUUAAGUACGAUCCCAUCAUGUGAGGUGGAUAUGAAGUACGAAAUGCCUUUGGUGUCAUCAAAGGACAUUACGACUGUAGAAUGUGUCCUGCGUCUUCACCGUGGCUAUUAGCUGUUUUGUAUGUAUCACAGAGAAUGUGAAAACCGCUGACGAAAACUUUACGCAGAAACAGAUUUUGAAGUGUCUGAUUUUAAAAUAUGGUGAAUACAUGAAGAGCAUUUAAUUACUUUCAUAUUGUGAAACCCACGCGUUAUUUCUUUUAUAAUAGAAAAAGAGAAAAAACAAAAAAUGUAUUCAUUGUUCAGUAUCCUCAAUUAAUUGGCAUUAGUUUAUCAGGAUGUGGAUUUAUUACAUUGAAUCGGUUCUGUCACAGUUACUGGUAUUAUUGCAUGCACUUUAAAAGACAAAUUCAGGUUGUGAAGUGGAGCAUGAAUCUGUCAGAGAUUUUAGCCGUGUACAAAUAAAAGUGGUCAUAGCAGUUUUGUUUUCAUGGCUAUUGAUACUGAACAUAAGCUUUAUCUUUGAUAUACAUAAAUACCCGCCAAAUUGCCAAAUGCCUUUAAGUUAUGUUGAUGAAUGUUUUUGUUUUCCUUAUUUUGCACAAUCUGUUGAAUUGUGGUUCAUUCAAUGUGGACUUAUCACUGCUCUUGUACAGGGAAAAUGUUGCAAUUUGUGUUGUACGAAAUUUUAUAAAAAUAUUUGUAUAUGACAACCUAAAUAGGGUUUACAUAUGAUGUAUUGAUCAAUCAUUGCCAACAACAAAUCUAUGAGACUCUUAUUGAGUGAAGGCAGUGGAAUGCAAACUUAUUUUUGUAAGUAAAACUGAAAGAAUAGAUGGGUUAACUUAUAUUCUCGUGCAUCAUUUGACAGCUGACAUGUUUGGUGAAGCUUUAACGCCAACACCUCUGUGUAACAGUUCAUGGCUUGCUGCCAUUUAAGGGAGACUCCACUCUGACAACUACUAGAAGGGGUUCCGUUGAUUUUUAAUUCAUAAAACCAUGUACUUUGUAGGCAGAUUUGUGGUGUGUAAUAAAAGAUUAUUUGGGCCUGACCAACUACUAUCUUUGAUAAACCCUGACCCUCAUUACAGUAUUCACAAGUGUCUCAUAAUGUUUUAUUAGUGAUAAUCGGAAUGAGAAUGCAAAGUGGUUUCUUGUUACUUGUCAUUUAGGGUCAAACGAACCCAACUCAAACGAAGCCAUUGUUAAAACUGCCAUUGCACAAAUGAAAUGAUGUUUUAAUAAAUAAACACAGUGAAGUUUUGAUUGGCCAAUGGCAUGCUGGGGAAUAUUCACAAUUAAGU